AUGGCGGAGGCCGCGAAAGAGCGCGGGAACGCGCUGUACAAGGCUGGGAAGUUCGAGGACGCGGUCAAGGCGUACGACGAGUCCAUCGCCGCGGACCCGGCGAUAGCGGCCGCGCACGCGAACCGCGCCGCGGCGCUGACCGCCAUGGGCCGCGCCAAGUUCAACGACGCGACGGUCGCGUGCGUUGAGGCGCUGUGCUUGGACCCGAGCUACGGUCGCGCGAAGAGCCGGCUCGGCGCGCUGUGCGUCAAGCUCGGCGACCUCGAGCCCGCGGUCGCCGCCGCGGAGGCGCGCGCGCGGUCGCACCCCGAUCACUCCCCGUCGUCGUCGCUCGCGAAGGCGCUGCGCCUCCUGCGCGACGGCCGCGCGGCGGGCAACGCGGCGUUCAAGUCCGGCGACGUCGCGCGCGCGCUGAAGACGUACUCGGACGCGAUGCUCGCCGCGGCGGCGGAGGCGGCCGGGAGCGACGCGGCGGCGGCGGGCGCGAUGGACGCCGAGGCGCUGUGCGUCGCGGUCCCGGGCGCGGCGUUGCUCAUGUGCAACCGCGCCGCGUGCGCCGCGAGCUUGGGGCGGCACGCGGACGCCCUGACGGACGCGACGGCGGCGUUGCGCGCGGACCCGGAGUACGCGAAGGCGUCGCUGCGCGCGGCGCACGCGCGGAAGGCGCUGGGGGAGCACGCGGCCGCGGCGGCGAUCUUCGCGGAGCUGCGCGAGCGGCUGCCGGGCGACGCGUCCGUCGCGGAUGAGCUCAACGCGUGUCGCCGCGCCGCCGGCGGCGACCUCGCGAAGCUGCCGACGGAACGCGCGGGGGUGAUCGAGAUCGAGUCGAUGGAGCGGUACCGAGCGCUGAUCGCUAAGGCGCCGCUGUGCCUGAUCGACUUCACCGCGAAGUGGUGCGGGCCGUGUAAGCAGGUCGCGCCGCACUUCGCGGCGAUGGCGCUCGCGAACCCGACGAUUCACUUCUUGAAGGUGGACGUGGACGAGCGCCAGGACAUCUCGGCCGCGGAGAACGUGCGGUCGAUGCCGACGUUUAAGGCGUAUCGGUACGGCGCCAAGGUGGACGAGUUCAGCGGUGCGGACUUGGGGAGGUUGCAGGGGUUAGUCGCUAGGUAUCUGCCGACGUUGUCGUGAGCGCGGCGUGGGGCGCCGUCUGCGUCUGCGUCUGGUUGGUGGAAAAAAACAAUCCAGCGCGUCGCGCGCGUCGUCGUCGU